GAGGUGGUCGCCUCGGCCUCCGAGCGAGAGCCACGGCCCCCUCGCGAUACCCGAGUACAUCCAGGACCUGCUGCGCCGGGACCCCUCGGAUGCGGAGAGGCUCUACGAGCUCCCCUCCGAGGACGUGGACCCCCUGCUGUGGCAGUACGAGCACCUCCGGCAGUUCGUGAUCGAGUUCAACGCGCUCGUCGUCGCGCUCGGGGACGACUGCACCCCAGAGACCUGCCCGAAGAUGAUGGCGUCCAACAAGUGGCAGUACCGCUGCGCGGCGCACUCGGAGCCGCAGGACUGCGCUGCGAUCGACUACAUGCUGCACACGAUCGAUGGAUCCACGGCGCUGCUGACCAACGUCAGGCACUUCCCGUCGCGCUCGCAUGUGCCGCCCGGCUGUGCGGAGUACUUCCAGACCAUGGCGCGGCGUUUGUACCGAAUUUUCGCGCACGUGUACUACCACCACAGGGAGAUAUUCGAUGAGACGGAGGCCGAGCGGCAUCUGUUUGCGCGCUUCUCGCAUUUCGUCCUGAAGUACAAGCUGAUGUCCUCAUCGAUGCUCCUCGUGCCCCAGGAGGCGUGCCAGCCGUGCUCGUGAUCGUUCCUUCGAUGCUGCCCGUGGAUGUUGCCGGUGGUGCCCCUGCAGUCGACGCUGGUGCCGCGCCGCCGAUGAAGGCCGAGACGGGUGUCUGGACGGAGGUCUGAGGAAGAACGCCGGGGCUGAGGCCUGGCGAACAACAAGAGACAGCAGAAGUACAAGUUUUCGGAGGCCUGCGCAGAUUUCGUGGGCCGGCGCCGGACCCCCUCCCCUUGAGCGCGAAGCGCCACAGGGGGGCCUGGCCCUGAGGCGCCGCCGGGGGGGGGGGGUCCAGCGCCGACCCCCGAAGUCCGCCGCGUGGACCUCCGAACGCUUGUGCGUAUGUCGAUUGAUGUUCUGCGCCCACUGCGCCUUCGCCGCCCAGGACGGCCGAGACGGGUCCCCGCGGGGAAGACUUCGGCACCGAGGAUCGGCGGCACGCCCUGGCUCGGGGGGCGCCGGCCAGCGACGGCAGGCACGUGCGCCGAUCCACGCCAUGCCCGG